AGAGAGAAGCCUACUCAGAGUGGUUACUAAAAACAGGAACCUGCUCUUCUGCAAGUCCCGCACGCCUUCCUCAUUUCUAGCAGAGGAAGUGUGUGGCUGGUGUAGCAACUGCUGUUCUUCUUGAUAGCCUGGCUUUCUCUGUACCCGCAGAGGCCCGGCCACCUGCUCACUGUGCUGGAGCAGCAGCAGCUGAUGGAGAGACGGUGACGGCGUUCCCGGCGGGUCCUCCGUAGCUACUCCCAGGGGAGAUCAUGCCCAGCUUUUGAAGGCUUCAAGCAUCUUCGACAGCCCAGGGAGAGAGAGCGAUGGGCAACAGCAUGCGAUCCACCCCAGCACCUCCAGAAAGGCCCGUGCCCAGCCCAGAUGGACCGGACAGUGACUUCCUGGCUGUGCUGAGUGAUUACCCAUCUCCUGACAUCAGCCCCCCCAUAUUCCGUCGAGGGGAGAAACUACGAGUGAUUUCUGACGAAGGGGGCUGGUGGAAAGCCAUUUCCCUUAGCACUGGCCGAGAGAGUUACAUCCCUGGAAUAUGUGUGGCCAGAGUUUACCACGGCUGGCUGUUUGAAGGGCUGGGCAGAGACAAGGCAGAGGAGCUGCUCCAGCUGCCAGACACGAAGAUGGGCUCCUUCAUGAUCCGAGAGAGUGAGACGAAGAAAGGUUUUUAUUCCCUCUCGGUGAGACACAGGCAGGUGAAGCAUUACCGCAUCUUCCGCCUGCCGAACAACUGGUAUUACAUCUCCCCGAGGCUCACCUUCCAGUGCCUGGAGGACCUGGUGAAUCACUAUUCCGAGGUGGCUGACGGCCUGUGCUGUGUACUGACCACACCCUGCCUCACUCAGAGCACAGCCACCCCCGCAGCGAGGGUCCCUGACUCGCCCGUCACCUUGCGCCAGAAGACCUUCGACUGGAAGAGGGUGCCCAGACUGCAAGACGAUGCCGAGGGAGCCAGGAACCCACUCGGUGUGGAUGAGUCCCUUUUCAGCUAUGGCCUUCGGGAAAGCAUCGCUUCCUACCUGUCCCUGACCAGCGAUGACAACACCUCCUUUGAUCGAAAGAAGAAAAGCAUGUCCUUGAUAUACAGCGGGAGCAAGAGGAAGAGCUCCUUCUUCUCGUCACCACCAUAUUUUGAAGACUAGCCUGAGAACAGACACCAUCGUGUAUACCCAAAAUAACAAAGGUUGGAACUAUCACCUGGGAUCUGGUGGAAACGUGUGGUUUCCUGGUCCCUGGGGAACCACACAUUUUCCAGAAGCCCAUGGAGACUCAAACUCACAUCUUCUCUGUCCACAUCAUGACAAAGGGAACCCCUCCCCGGUGUCUGAUCAGUACCAAGACAUCAGGAAACGUUGAAUCACGACGUGAUCAGGCAACGUUUCCAAAGAGCCCCGCGUAUGUGUGUGUGCUCAUUGUUUUUGUGGGAAAGAUAAAGACAUUAUCUCACAAGAAAGGGCACAAGACCGUUCAACGAACCGUCCAGAUGGUCACACUCUGGGCUCAUCAGAGAUAACUUCUGAACAAGAAAAGCCUGAGAAGAAGAUGAGCUGAACGCUGUGUCCUGGCCAGGCCAGAUUUGCAAACGCGUCCCCCACAAUGAACUUUUCUAACCAAUCCAUAGAGACCUUUGUUAUGCAGCUCCUUUCUUUUUAAGGGAACUCAGUGACACUAAGCGUUAAUCUUCCUUACCAUCCCUGAAUCAGGAGAACCCGGUGGCCUGCUGGUGCCAGAGCCACAUGCACAACAAUCAGACAGCCUCCCUGCUCCGCAGAGGGCAAGGCAAAGGGGAGAGAGGGAGGCUGCUUAUGGGAAAUUGUGAGGGUAACACUGGAGCAGUGCAAGCUUUCCUGGUGUCCCCAGCCGUAGCUUCGUGGUGCAGAAAGAACUUCUCUGAUAUGCUGAGACUCUUACCAAUAAUGAUGCAUCAGUGGUUCACUCAUGAUUGCCUGAAGAGCUAAGUGUGUUAAGUCCCACGUCAGGUUGAAAGAAAGAAAGAAAGAUCAGCAGAGGACUCAUGGUAUAGACAGGGAGAAGUCUACAGACAAAUAUCGUGAAAGUGGGUUGUAGAAGGAGACAUCAGCUCAUGGCUCCAAGGGGACUGGGUCAGGCAAGUGUGGCCCGUGAGCUCCCAUCUCAGCUGCACCUUCACAGAGGCUGAGUGCAGCUGGAUUGAGUAGGAGAGGAUGGUUGGCUUCUUUGAAAACUGCAAAUUGAUUAAAUUCUAGAGGAUUAAUUUAUUUUUCUGCAUCAUCAGUACUUUAUUCUAAGACGGGCCUGGCAGCCACAUGAAGAAAACGGCUGAGCUCCAGGAAGGAAGGGAGGCAGAGUGGCUUUAAUUCUGGCCUACUAAUUUUAAGAGAUGAAAGAGAAAGCACAGCAAAGUUCUAGAAAAGGAAAAGUAUUUAUCUUGAGGCCGCCCAUCCGGAUCUUGUUAAAAAGGGGGCUGCCAAGGCACCCAAGACUCAUUUUCCACUGUUGCAGAGGGAUUCAGGGGGGAGGUGUGCCUGUCGACCCCCUCGCUGCCUGAUAGGAGAUGUUUGCUCAGCACACACAUUCCGGAGAUCUGAGAUCACCGUGCUGGUGGUAUGUGUAUAUGCAUUUACGUGAUUCUUUGUAUUAUCAGACUCUGGUGUGUUUAUACAAGAAGAUAUUCAUGGUUUCCCCCGGGAAUCCCUAAAGGCCGUUGCAAGGGGCCAGCCAAUGUGUGGGAAAUGAAUAUAACACUGUGGACACUGACUUCCACCACAAGGCAGGACGACCUUGCAAAAGCCAGAUGUUUGUAUGGUGUCUUAUGCAUUGUUUUCUGUUGUAACUAGUGUGCUGGGAACUUUGGGGGAGCACUCAGAGGCAUUUCUAAGUGGGAAGCAUUACACUUUGCUAAAUCAUGUAUUUAUUUCUGAUUAAAAUAAUACCUAAUAAAUAUUUAAC